GAAAAAAUGAUGUUUAAAUCGCUUCUAUAAAUUUGUAGUAAAUGAUACGUAAACAGCUGAUCGGAUUUCUUAUACAAGAUCAGAGAUGCGCAGAAUUUCAUGCGCGUAAGACCAUUAUUAGUGCGAGCAUAAUUGUAAGUCUUCUAACGUUAAAAACAGUGAUGUUUUACCUGUGAUAGUUGUCAUUCAUAAUAAUAUCAAUAUGUCUGUGCAAAAACGUGCCUGUGGGUUUAUCAUAUUUCGUCAAAUUCAAGAUGCAAUAGAAUAUCUUCUUAUGCAGGCGUCAUAUGGAGAACACCAUUGGUCACCUCCUAAAGGUCACGUUGAUGAUGGAGAAACCGAUUUUGAAACUGCAUUACGUGAAACGGAAGAAGAAGCUGGAUUUGUAAAAAAUGAUUUAAAAAUUUUUCAAGAUGCCAAAGUAGAAUUAAAAUAUAACGUUAAUGGCACUCCUAAAACUGUCAUAUAUUGGUUGGCAGAACUUAUAAAUCCUAAUCAGUCUAUCAGAAUGUCAAGUGAACAUCAAGCAUAUAAAUGGUUAGGUUAUCAGGAAGCUUGUAAUCUUGCAAAGUAUGCGGAUAUGCAAAAUGCUUUAACACAGGUUAACGAAUAUAUAAAUAAAAAUGUAAAAAAGAAGUAAUGCAAAAUAUAAUUAACUUAUAUAAAAUAAAAUAUUUCUGAGUACAGCAUAAAAGUAAAAUAUAAAUACUAUGAAAUUAGAUUAUUUUAUAUGAGCAAUAUAAACUGCAGAUCUCUUUUGGGAUAUAUAAACAAGUUUUUAUUAUAUUAAC